GAGAAUAUUAUGACAUUUGUGAAGAACGAGCUGAAGAUGUUCAAGAGGAUUCUUAGUCCAGAACUCCCAGAAUGCUUUGAGAGUCAGAAGCAGGAUAAGGAAGUGGUGGAUGCUGAAGAUGAGAAGCAGGAGAGCAGUGCCAGAGAGGGGGCUCUGAAGAUCACACUGCACGUCCUGAGGAAAAUGAACCAGAAGGAGCUUGCUGACACAUUGGAGAGAAAUGAGCUUGCUGUGAUUUGCCAACGAGAACUCAAAUCUAAUCUAAAGAAGAAGUUUCAAUGUGUAUUUGAGGGGAUCGCUAAACAAGGAAACCCAACACUUCUCAAUAAGAUCUACACAGAGCUCUACAUCACAGAGGGUGGAACAGGAGAGGUCAAUAAUGAACAUGAGCUGAGACAGAUUGAGACAACAACCAGGAAACAAGCAAGACCAGAGACUGCAAUCAAAUGUAACGACAUCUUCAAACCCUUAACUGGACAAGACAAAUGUAUCAGAACUGUGCUGACAAAGGGAGUUGCUGGCAUUGGAAAAACAGUCUCUGUGCAGAAGUUCAUUCUGGACUGGGCUGAAGGAAAAGAAAAUCAGGAUGUCCAAUUUGUAUUUUCAUUCCCUUUCCGGGAGCUGAAUUUGAUGAAAGAGGACAAACACACUUUCAUUGAACUUCUUAAUCACUUCUCAAUGGAAACCAAACAAUCAAGAAUCUCCAACUUUGACAAGUACAAAGUUCUGUUUAUCUUUGAUGGUCUGGAUGAGUGCCGACUGCCCCUAGACUUCCAGAAGAACAAGAUCUGUUGUGACGUCACAGAGUCAACCUCAGUGGAUGUUCUGCUGACAAAUCUCAUCAAGGGAAAUCUGCUUCCCUCUGCUCUCCUCUGGAUAACUACCCGACCUGCAGCAGCCAAUAAGAUCCCUUCAUGGUGUGUUGGCCAGGUGACAGAGGUACGAGGGUUCAAUGACCCACAGAAGGAGGAGUACUUCAGGAAGAGAUUCAGUGAUGAGGACCUGGCCAGCAGAAUCAUCUCACACAUAAAGACAUCAAGGAGCCUCCACAUCAUGUGCCACAUUCCAGUCUUCUGUUGGAUUUCUGCAACAGUCCUUGAACACAUGCUGAAACAUAAGAGAGAAGAGAUGCCCAAGACUCUGACUGAGAUGUACACACACCUUGUGGUGUUUCAUACCAAACAAAAUAAUGAAAAGUAUCUUGGGAAAGAAGAAACAGGUCCACACUGGAAUAAAGAGAGCAUUCUGUCACUGGGAAAACUGGCUUUUCAACAGCUUGUGAAUGGCAAUCUGAUGUUCUAUGAAGCAGACCUGAAAGAGGCUGGCAUUGAUGUCAAUGAAGCCUCAGUGUACUCAGGAUUGUGUACACAGCUCUUUAAAGAGGAAUGUGGGCUGUACCAGGACAAGGUGUACUGCUUUGUUCAUCUGAGCAUUCAGGAGUUUCUGGCUGCUGUAUAUGUGUUCCUCUCAUUCAUCAACAACAAUGAGAAUCUAAUGGCCGAACUGCAAUCAACAUCCAUGAACUUUUCUGUGAGGAUCAAACAAAGGCGUAAAGUUACUUUCUACAAGAGUGCUGUGGAUCAAGCCUUACAAAGUGAGACAGGAAACCUGGACCUGUUCCUCCGCUUCCUUCUGGGCCUCUCACUGGAGUCCAAUCAGAAACACUUACGAGGUCUACUGACAAAGACAAGAAGCAGCUCACAGAGCCAUGAAGAAACAGUCAAGUACAUCAAGGAGAAGAUCAGGAAGAAUCCCUCUCCAGAGAGGUGCAUCAAUCUGUUCCACUGUCUGAAUGAACUGAAUGACCAUUCUCUAGUGGAGGAGAUCCAAAGAUACCUGAGAUCAGGAAGUGUCUCAAAACCCAAACUGUCACCUGCGCAGUGGUCAGCUCUGGUCUUUGUGUUGCUGACUUCAGAAAAGGAGCUAAAUGUGUUUGACCUGAAGAAAUACUCCAGAUCAGAGGAAGGUCUUCUGAGGCUGCUGCCAGUGGUCAAAGCCUCCAGAGUUGUUCUGUUGUCAGGCUGUGGAGUCACAGAGGAAGGCUGUGCUUCUCUGGUCUCAGCUCUGAGGUCAAAUCCCUCACACCUGAGAGAGCUGGACCUGAGUAACAAUGACCUGAAGGAUUCAGGAGUGAAGCUGCUCUCUGCUGGACUGGGGAAUCCCCACUGUAAACUGGAGACUCUGAGACUCACUGGCUGUAAACUCACAGACACAUCCUGUAAAGUGUUGGCCUCAGUUCUCAGCUCAAACCCCUCACACCUGAGAGAGUUGGAUCUGAGAAACAAUGACCUGAAGGAUUCAGGAGUGAAGCUACUCUCUGCUGGACUGGGGAAUCCCCACUGUAAACUGGAGACUCUGAGGUCAAGAGGCUGUCUAGUCACAGAGGAAGGCUGUGCUUCUCUGGUCUCAGCUCUGAGGUCAAACCCCUCACACCUGAGAGAGCUGGAUCUGGGUAACAAUGACCUGAAGGAUUCAGUAGUGAAAGUGCUCUCUGCUGGACUGGGGAAUCCCCACUGUAAACUGGAGACUCUGAGGCUGUCAGGCUGUGGAGUCACAGAGGAAGGCUGUGCUUCUCUGGUCUCAGCUCUGAGGUCAAACCCUUCACACCUGAGAGAGCUGGAUCUGAGUAACAAUGACCUGAAGGAUUCAGGAGUGAAGCUGCUCUCUGCUGGACUGGAGGAUCCCCACAGUAAACUGGAGACUCUGAGGCUGUCAGGCUGUCGAGUUACAGAGGAAGGCUGUGCUUCUCUGGUCUCAGCUCUGAGGUCAAACCCCUCACACCUGAGAGAGCUGGACCUGAAUAACAAUGACCUGAAGGAUUCAGGAGUGAAGCUGCUCUCUGCUGGACUGGGGAAUCCCCACUGUAAACUGGAGACUCUCAGGCUGUCACGCUGUCUAGUCACAGAGGAAGGCUGUGUUUCUCUGGUCUCAGCUCUGAGGUCAAACCCCUCACACCUGAGAGAGCUGGACCUGAGCUACAAUCACCCAGGAGACUCAGGAGUCAGACUGCUCUCUGCUGGACUGGAGGAUCCACACUGCAGACUGGAGAAACUCAAUGUGGAACAUGGUGGAGAGUACACAAUGAAACCUGGGCUUAGAAAAUAUGUCUGUGAUCUCACACUGGACCCAAACACAGUAAACAGACUCCUCUCUCUGUCUGAGGAGAACAGAAAGGUGACAUGUAGGACAGAGGAGCAGCCGUAUCCUAAUCACCCAGAGAGAUUUGAGGACUGUGACCAGGUGCUGUGUAGAGAGGGUCUGACUGGGCGCUGUUACUGGGAGGUAGAGUGGAGUGGGAGAAGGGCUGUUAUAGGAGUGACAUAUAAAGGAAUCAACAGGAGAGGAAGGGUUGAUGACUGUUGGCUUGGAUACAAUGACAAGUCCUGGAGUCUGUUCUGCUCUGACAACAGUUACAUUGCCUGGCACAAUAAUAAUGACACUACCAUAGACGUCCGCCCCUCCAGCUCCCACAGAGUAGGAGUGUAUCUGGACUGGCCAGCUGGCACUCUGUCCUUCUAUAGAGCCUCCUCUGACACACUAACCCACCUGAUCACAUUCACCUCCACAUUCACUGAGCCCCUCUAUCCAGGGUUUAGGGUUUAUGAAGACUCCUCAGUGUCCCUGUAAAUAAUAACCUGACACACACACACACACACUGAACACACACAAACACACA